AUUGCGCCUAGUUUGCUUUCAAGCGACACAUAUUGUUCUAUUCGACGGCUCAUUUGCUGUUACAUCAUGUCUUUGAAGCAAGCAGUCGCAAAAGUGGUUACUUCGUUUCUAUUCGACUAAAAUUUCAGAGCUGAUGGAUGAAAUAAUCAUUCCUUUGAGGAAACCCAAAGACUGGAAGGUUUUGGUGUUGGAUAGAUUAGCCACAAGAAUUGUAUCUUCGUGUUGCAAAAUGCACGAGAUAAUGAAUAAUGGCAUUACACUCGUGGAGGAUAUAUCUAAAAAGAGGGAAGUCCUACCAAUUGAAGCUAUAUAUCUAAUUACUCCAACAGAAGAGUCCUUAAAACUAUUAAUGGAAGAUUUUCAAGGUUCACAAAGUCAGUACCGUUAUGCACAUGUCUUUUUCACUGAAGCUUGCCCAGAUGAACUAUUCAACCGGUUGUGUCAGUCAAAUUCUGCCAUAUUUUUAAAAACACUCAAGGAGAUCAAUAUAGCCUUUCUGCCGGUCGAAUCUCGAGUUUUUUCAUUAGAUUCGCCUAUGAGCUUUCAGUAUUACUUCAAUCCUGUGGCCAGGCAACAAGGGUCUGGACAGCAACUUGAACGGAUCGCGGAACAGAUCGCUACAUUGUGUGCCACACUGGGUGAAUAUCCUGUUAUUCGCUACCGAACUCAAUUUGAACGAAAUGCUGAGUUUUCACAGUUGGUCCAACAAAAAUUGGAUGCAUACAAAGCUGAUGAUCCUCAAAUGGGCGAGGGUCCACAAAAAGAUAGAAGCCAAUUGAUUUUGCUUGAUCGUGGAUUUGAUCCCAUUUCACCUAUUCUGCAUGAACUUACAUUUCAAGCAAUGGCGUAUGAUUUAUUAGCGAUUGAAAAUGAUGUGUACCGUUACAUCAAUACAUCAGGUCCGGAGGAACGUGUUAAAGAAAUUAUCUUGGACGAAUCUGAUGAACUGUGGUGUGAGCUUCGUCAUCAACACAUUGCAGUUGUUUCACAACAGGUAACUGGCAAGUUGAAAAAAUUCGCUGAAGACAAACGUAUGGUUAGCGCAGGUGAUAAGACUACAAUGCGUGACUUAAGUCAAAUGUUGAAAAAGAUGCCUCAGUAUCAGAAAGAAUUGUCCAUGUAUUCAACACACUUCCAUUUAGCUGAGGACUGCAUGCAAACGUAUCAAAAUCAUGCUAAUAAAUUAUGUAAAGUGGAACAAGAUUUAGCUAUGGGUACUGAUGCGGAAGGUGAACGUGUUAAAGAUCAUAUGCGUACUAUGGUUCCCAUUUUAAUUGACCAGUCAGUUUCAGCCUAUGAUAAGCUGCGUGUAAUUCUUUUAUAUGUUGUACAACGUGGUGGUAUAAAUGAGGAGAAUCUAGCCAAAUUAGUUCAACAUGCUCAGAUCCCUUCAUCACAAGCCUGCAUUAUACGUAAUUUGGUGCAUUUAGGAGUUCCAGCUAUUCAGGAUGCUUCUGGCGCUGGGAUUGGUAGAAGGAAACUUCCUCAGCCCUAUUUACCCGCAAAUCGACGUCAGCGUGAAGAUGGCCCUCGGUAUCAAAUGUCUCGUUGGACACCAUACAUUAAAGAUCUUAUGGAGGUAAUUUAAUUGGUAAUAAGAUUAUUACUACCAUCAUUGCUUAUUGUAGUUUAAUGAUUCAUUAGUUAGAUCUUUUAGUGUGGACUCAAGGGAUAUUAUAAGGAUUAUUAUUGAGACUGAAAAAAAGAUAUGAAUUAUAUCUCAGAGUCAAAGUUGAUAACACUUAUUUUGUUAGUCUUACUUUAGUUCCGAUCGUUAGCCCGAUAUGAAUUCCAUCUUGGAACGAGACGUACUCACGUAGCUUGAACAAUGAAAAGCGGAUAGUUAGAUGUUACUCAUUUGUACUACAGUGUAAAGUCACUAUGCGGAAGUCAUUAUUUAGACUAUGCCAGUGUGACUGGGUUUUUUACUUUCAUCUUCAAGCAUCAGUUCUUACUAAACUGAUUAUUGGUCUCUGGCAUUCUUAGUGAUCAAAUACAUGUUUCCACACGGCAUAGUUGAAAGUAAAAGAUUAUAUAAGUGGAUAAACCGUUCGACUUUUAAUGAAUAAGACAAGAGAUAUGUUUUUGUCAUAGUCCUCGAUCGGUUGGGGAGUAGUAAGGAUUAAAGGUUAUGGUUUAGGUGAGUUUUUCUAAUUUAUUUUUACUGAUUAUUUGUGGCAAUUUUUUAUCAUUACUAAAUGGAUUUUUCACUCUUGAAAAAAAAAACUUAACUAAGGAUGCUGCUGAAGACAAAUUAGAUCAGAAAUCAUUCCAGUACUUUGGUGGUGGUCCUGUUCGUGGUCCUGGUACGCGAACAGGCAAUGCACCAAUAUCUGCAAGAUAUGGGAUGUGGCAUCGUGAUAAAAGUCAACAACCGCGUUCUGGGCCUAGAUUGAUCUUUUUGUGAUCGGUGGAAUAUCCUAUUCAGAAAUGCGUUGCGCUUAUGAAGUAAUGAAUACUGCCUCUGGUAAGCAGUGGGAUAUUAUUGUUGGUGGGACACAUCUGCUUGUUCCAGAAGCUUUCUUAGGAGAUAUGGAGAAAUUAUCCUAUCCUCCAGGGACAGCGCCUCCGUCAGCUAAUAGUGGAGCUUCAGUAAUUGUAGGUGCUGGCGGCGAACCAGUGUGAAGUGGAUUCAAUACUUAAUUUAUAAGAGCGAAAGAUUUUCUGUAGUUAAAUGGAACAACUUUAUUUACUCACAGUUAUCUUUUUUGCAUUAUCUAAGUUAUCGUUUCUUUCCUUAAGCCGAAAGAGAGAUUUGUCUUUGUAGUAUUUCGUUUAAUUACUUUCAGCAUUCCUCAUUCACAUAUAACACAUUUGUGUUCAACAAAAUGAUAUGCACCUUUAUUCAUCCUUGUAAAGGAAACACCUUUGAAUGUGCUUGUCUAGUCCAUGUUUACUUUCUUUCCCUUCAGGUCAUUCUAUUUUAGUUUACUGUGUUGAUGUUCAAUUGUCUUUCUUUUCUCUGUUUAAACAUUCCAUAUUAUCGUUGUUACUAUGAGUAUUAUUAUUAAUAUUGUUAUUAUUAUCACUGGUAUAUAUCAAUCUGUCGUCUACAUUUAUCCAUGCUAAUAUUUUCCUUCAUUUUCCUUUAUUAUUUGGUAAUAUGCGGCAGCUGUUUCGCGUGAAUUUCCUAUAUAUAAUGUUGUUUUCGUCUACACCACACAUUACCGUAUACGUAUUUGUACUUUUAAAGUUAUACUCUAGGUAUAUUCACUUUCUUGACUGUUGCAUUUCUAUCUUUCUCUCUCCUGUUCCAAAUGGCCCCCCCCUCCCCACACACACACACACACACACACUACAUGUUCAGAUUAUAUAUUAUUAUUAUUAUCAUGAUUAUUAUUACUUCCACUUCUUCUAUUUACAGGGGGACGUAAUUAGUUAGAUUUAUUUUCGCAUGUUUGUUUGCUUACUUAUUUCUAGUUUAUUGAAAGUCGUUUUUGUUUUUUUGUUUUCCUUCCUCUUUGCAUACUGCAUAAUAAUAAAAACUAAUACAUAUUUAUAAUUUUGUCCUAUAUCAUUGAUAACAGUCAUAAUAUGAUUAGCGGUUUUCUGUGAGAUCGUAAAUGUAUUUGAUGAAGGUUG